AUGACGCUUUACUUCGAAAAUCCUGAUCAUCAAGGUCACCAAGUUGGCCCUGAUGAUCCUCAGAUCACAGAAGCUGUAGUGAACAUCGAUAGGUUAAUAGGAAGAAUCAUCGAUGGGCUGCAUUAUGUGGAGAAUGAUCGGAUCCCUCCUAUUAUAGGAUUGGUCGAUGAGGGUUUUAAAGUGGAGCAGAAGAAGAGUGAAGCCAAAGAAUGUGGUGGAGCUCAUGGGUACGACAAUGCCUUCUUCUCGAUGAGAACUAUAUUUAUAGGGCAUGGUCCGAUGUUCUUGGAGGGAAAGAAAGUGGCUUCUUUUGAGAAUGUUGAGAUAUACAAUAAGAGAAAUAUACCGGAGGAAGCCGCGAGAGUGCGAUCUUCAAAGCCACCGUCUUCGUCGCCCAUCUACUCCGAGACACCACCGUUGUUCGUAAAGUCGUCCAGUGGAAGCUAA